UGCAGAGAAGGUUGGCAGGGUCCGUUCUGCGACGAGUGUAAGAAGUACCCCGCUUGUAAGCAUGGCACCUGCCAGCAGCCUUGGCAGUGUAACUGUAAGGAAGGCUGGGGAGGGCUCUUCUGUGACCAGGGUAAGAACACAUCUUCAUCAUCAUCAUCAUCAUCAUCACCAUCGUAGUUGCACAGAGAAAGGGCAAUCUGACUGAAACGUAUCGGAAAAUAUGUGCAUUUAGUGAUAUUUUUUUUGAUUCAAAUACUGACCGUAAAAUAAUUGUGUUUCAGAUUAUUUUGUGCCCAAUACAUAUUAAAUGGUAAAUAAUGUAUUGUGUCAUUUUGGAGUCACUUUUUAUUGUAAAUAAGUGAGAAAGUUACAGAGGGUCAAAGAUCAUACCCCCAAGACAUGAUAACCUCCCCUGUUAUUGGUAAUGGUGAGAGGUUAGCAUAUCUUGGGGGUAUGUAAAAUAAUAUAAUUGCCCAAAUUCUUUGGAGCAUACAAUAUAACUCAGUAUUUAAAUGAUUUAUUUUUAUACAGUCAUUAUUGCUCAUCUUUAUCAAGGGUGUCAAUGAUUUAACAAUACACGUACAGUAUAUUACCUUAUAUUUGAACUUUAUUUGACCUUUGACCCCUCUGCUCCUCCUCCAUCUCAGACCUGAACUUCUGCACGCACCACCGGCCGUGUGAUAACGGGGCGACCUGUAUGAACACGGGUCAGGGCAGCUACACCUGUACCUGUCCCCCUGGGUUCACCGGGGUCAACUGUGAGCUGGAACUGCAGGAGUGUGACAGCAACCCCUGUAGGAACGGAGGACUCUGCACGGUGAGCAGUGGUUAGAUUGGCACGUUAGAAGGGACAACCCCUGUAGGAACGGAGGACUCUGCACGGUGAGCAGUGGUUAGAUUGGCACGUUAGAAGGGACAACCCCUGUAGGAAUGGAGGACUCUGCACGGUGAGCAGUGGUUAGAUUGGCACGUUAGAAGGGACAACCCCUGUAGGAACGGAGGACUCUGCACGGUGAGCAGUGGUUAGAUUGGCACGUUAGAAGGGACAACCCCUGUAGGAACGGAGGACUCUGCACGGUGAGCAGUGGUUAGAUUGGCACGUUAGAAGGGACAACCCCUGUAGGAACGGAGGACUCUGCACGGUGAGCAGUGGUUAGAUUGGCACGUUAGAAGGGACAACCCCUGUAGGAACGGAGGACUCUGCACGGUGAGUAGUGGUUAGAUAGACACGUUAGAAGGGACAACCCCUGUAGGAACGGAGGACUCUGCACGGUGAGCAGUGGUUAGAUUGGCACGUUAGAAGGGACAACCCCUGUAGGAACGGAGGACUCUGCACGGUGAGUAGAAUGUGCUAGAAGGCCCCCCACAAGUCACUCGAUGCCCAGUCUAGAAGGGACAGGAAGUGGCAACAUUGUCAGAACUGAUGAGCAGCUAGGUACACUAUAUAAACAAAAGUAUGUGGACACCUCUUCAAAUUACUAGAUUUGGCUAUUUCAGACACACCCGUUGCUGACAGGUGUAUAAAAAUCGUGCACAUAGCCAUGCAAUCUCCAUAGACAAACAGUUGGCAGUAGAAUGGCCUUACUGAAGAGCUCAGUGACUUUCAACUUGGCACCGUCAUCGGAUGCCACCUUUCCAACAAGUCAGUUCGUCAAAUUUCUGCCCUGCUAGAGCUGCCCCGGUCAACUGUAAGUGCUGUUAUUGUGAAGUGGAAACGUCUAGGAGCAACAACGGCUCAGCUGCAAAGUGGUAAGCCACACAAGCUCACAGAACGGGAUUGACGAGUGCUGAAGCACGUUGCACGUAAAAAUCAUCUGUCCUCGGUUGCAACACUCACUACAGAGUUUCAAACUGCCUCAUGAAGCAACGUCAGCACAAGAACUGUUCAUCGGGAGCUUCAUGAAAUGGGUUUCCAUGGACGAGCAGCCGCACACAAGCCUAAGAUCACCAAGCGCAAUGCCAAGCGUCGGCUGGAGUGGUGUGAAGCUUGCCGCCAUUGGACUCUGGAGCAGUGGCAAUGCGUUCUCUGGAGUGAUGAAUCACGCUUCACCAUCUGGCAGUCCGAUGGACGAAUCUGGGUUUGGCGGAUGCCAGGAGAAAUCUACCUGCCCCAAUGCAUAGUGCCAACUGUAAAGUUUGGUUGAAGAGGAAUAAUGGUCUGGGGCUUUUUUUCAUGGUCUGGGCUAGGCCCCUUAGUUCCAGUGAAGGGAAAUCUUAACGCUACAGCAUACAAUGUAAUUCUAGCCGAUUCUGUGCUCUCAACUUUGUGGCAACAGUUUGGGGAAGGCCCUUUCCUGUUUCAGCAUGACAAUGCCCCAGUGCACAAAGCAAGAUACAUACAGAAAUGGUUUGUCAAGAUCAGUGUGGAAGAACUGGCCUGCACAGAGCCCUGACCUCAACCCCAUCGAACACCUUUGGGACGAAUUGGAAUGCAGACUGCGAGGCAGGUCUAAUCACCCAACAUCAGUGGCCGACCGCACUAAUGCUCUUGUGGCUGAAUGGAAGCAAGUCCCUGCAGUAAUGUUCCAACAUCUAGUGUAAAGCCUUCCCAGAAGAGUGGAGGCUGUUAUAGCAGCAAAGGAGGGACCAACUCCAUUUUGAUGCUCAUUAAUUUGGAAUGAGAUGUUUAGAUGAGCAGGUGUCCACAUACUUUUGGUCAUGUAGUGUACUUAAGGGUAAUGGAUUAGAACUAUGCUGCCUGGACCACGGUAGUCACUAGAUAGCCAGCCUAGAAGGGACAAUAGCAGAAAUGUUGUCAGAACUGAUGUGAAAGGAAGGAAGGAUGCAUUUGAGAAAUUACUGUAAUCAAAACUGUCUUUGCCUGACCUUAGAUCUAAACUCUCUCCCCCUCUCUCUCUCUCUCCCUUUCUAGAACCUGGAUGUUGGCUACACGUGUUCGUGUCCGCAGGGCUUCGAGGGUUCCCACUGUGAACACAGCCUGCUGACCUGUGCCGACUCCCCCUGCUUCCACAGCGGACAGUGCCAUCAGAAGGACAACGGGCACAGCUACAUCUGCGAGUGUCCGCCCGGAUACACAGGACUCAACUGUGAGAAGAGAGUGGACAAGUGCACGUCUCUUCCCUGUGCCAACGGUACGCCACGGCUCCUUUCUCCUCUUCUUUUUCCCCCUCCCUCGGAGGAGAGCCACCUCUCCGCUCCGCUCCGCUCCACCCCCCCCCUCUUCCCUUUCCCUGAAUUCCUCUUGGACCGGCAGUCUGGAAGUGUUCUGGAACAACAGGAAUCUGUUUGGGAACUCUGCGUCUAUUGUGCUUGGAUGUAAACAUGUGACAGCUUCCAGUCCGACUUCCAGGAAUGUCACCCAACACUGUUCAUUCAGUCAAGCCUGUACUAGACUGAACUGAGGAUGGAGGAAAAUCAUGUGACAAAUCAUGUGAUAAAUAUCACAUCCACGUUGGCUAGUGUUUAAGGUUUUUUGGGGUCAGGGGGGACCUGCUUGUUGUGGUGCAUGGGUUUGUGAUAAAGGGAAAGGACAGAAUAAUUCAGACUUGAGAGUUCACGUCUGAUACAUUCGAUGGUUACUGAAGUGGUGAUGUAGUGUGAAGUGGUGAGGUAGUGUGAAGUAGGGAUGUAGUGUGAAGUAGGGAUUGUAGUGUGAUGUAGGGAUGUAGUGUGAAGUAGGGAUGUAGUGUGAAGUAGGGAUGUAGUGUGAAGUAGGGAUGUAGUGUGAAGUAGUGAUGUAGUGUGAAGUAGGGAUGUAGUGUGAAGUAGGGAUGUAGUGUGAAGUGGUGAUGUAGUGUGAUGUAGUGAUGUAGUGAUGUAGUGUGAAGUAGUGAUGUAGUGUGAAGUAGUGAUGUAGUGAUGUAGUGUGAAAAUUGGUCAUGUGUAAGCAAUAGCGAGAAUUCCACCUAGGCUGUCAGAGGAGAAGAUGAAGCCAUUACAAUAUUGCUUAAACAUCAAAUCCUCUCAGAUCUCCACAAGUGUCUAGAGGUAGGGGCUAGGGGUUGUUUCUGGACAGGGCCAAUUGUAUAUGUCUGCAUGCGUGUUCUCUCCCCCAAGACCAUAAUCCCUGAACCCCUGUGUGUCUCUCUCCAGGCGGUCUGUGUUUGAUCCACGGUGGCGUGCGUCUGUGUAGCUGUCGCUCUGGUUUCACCGGCCAGCGCUGUGAGAUCAACAUCAACGAGUGUGCCGGGAACCCCUGCACCAACGGAGGGACCUGCCUGGACCGCAUCAACGACUACACCUGCGCCUGCCCCCCGGGGUACACCGGCCGAAACUGUGACCGUGUCCUGGAUGAGUGCUCCAUGCGCCCCUGUCUUAACGGAGGGCUCUGCACGGGGAAACCCCCCGCCACCUGUAUCUGUCCCGCCGGCUUCACCGGAUCACGCUGCCAGUUCUUUGCUGUGACCCUGCCGGUGGGUGGGGAGAGGAUCAAAGGAGAGAGCCAAGAUGGAUUCCAGUGGGCGGCAGUUUCCCUGGCUGUAGGGCUGGUUGCGUUACUGGUGCUGCUAUGCAUGGUGGGACUGGCUCUAAGACACAUCCACAGGCAGACCGGCAGGGACAGGGGAGACGGGGAGACCAUGAACAACCUAUCAGACGCACAGAGGGAUAACCUAAUCCCCGCCUCCCAGCUGAAGAACACCAAUCAGAAGGUGGGACUGGAGGUGGACUGCGAAUCAGAGAAGUCAAACUUUAUCCAUAAGAACUAUCAAUUGGACUCGUACAGUAACGCAAAGCUGAAGGCUGAUACGUCGCAAGAGGAUAAAAUCCAAAGUCAUGUGAUCCAUGACAAGUGUUUAGAAGAGAAAAUACCGCUGAGUAGAAUGUACAGGUAAGAAAAAACACAUUUUUGUCUAAAUUAAGGUUUUCGAUGAGUUCCAUCUUGAUUCUGAAAUGUUAGACCACAUCUACAAACAUCCAGAUCUAGCGAACUGCUUUUGCCAUGACACAUCGAGACAUAGGCUACUAACAGCUCUUGAAAACAUUGCUAUACUUACAGCUCUAGGAAACGGUUUCAGUGUGUUUGUGUAGGGUGAAGGCCAUUCUAUGGGCUGUACAUCUUUUCAAAUCCCCCCCCCCCCCCCCACUCACUCACAAACAAAUGUAAUACCUAUAGACUUCACGUCUGUUCUUUUUAGAGUGAGAGGAGGAAAGGGGUCUCAUUCAUUUUGUCAGUCGCACUAGGCCUGGCCACAAUAGUUCAAACCCAACCACUACUCUCCCCCAUAUACAGUACAUAAAGACACGAAUGCCUCCAGGCGCACACACACACACACACACACACACCGUCUUGAUCCGAUCCCACACGGGACCUGAAGGAUCAACAGCCAAGUCCGACUCCCAACCAUAACCCCCAAUCCCCCGUGCACCCACUCCAAGCUUCUAGCCUGCUAAUGAUUUCAAAUGCUCUUUUAAUCUCAUAAACUCCUUUUUUUUUUUUUUUGUCCAAAGACUUUUAUUAAAAACAGACCACAACAGACAGGCUCCUUGGAAACACAAUACUGGUCUUAAUUUGCACACAGUUUACAUUUGACUGUUGCUGAGCCAUACUCCCAUCCCCUGUGUGUAUAUGGGUGAUUAUGCAGAAGUGGUGGAAAUUGGGGGUACUGCUCAGCACAAGUCUUAAAGCAUAUGUCAGGUAGACAUAUCUACUCCUCACACACUGAAACAUAGUGAGAAAUGGAAUCGGCAACGUGUUGAUUGAUUUAAUUACUUACGCAUCUAAUUAAUUAGGUUGUUAGAUGUUUAAAUUCUUUACCUACCUUUAUUUUGGCAAAAUAACAGGCAUUUCCGGGGACAACUGUCAAUCAUAGAGAUAAAUAGUCUCCUGAGUGGCGCAGUGGUCUAAGGCACUGCAUCGCAGUGUUAGCUGUGCCACUAGAGAUCCUGGUUCGAAUCCAGCCUCUGUCGUAGCCGGCCGUGACCGGGAGACCCAUGGGGCGGCGUUGUCCAGGGUAGGGGAGGGAAUGGCCGGCAGGGAUGUAGCUCAGUUGGUAGAGCAUGGCGUUUGCAACGCCAGGGUUGUGGGUUCGAUUCCCACGGGGGGCCAGUAUGAAAAAUAUAAUGUAUGAACUCACUAACUGUAAGUUGCUCUGGAUAAGAGCGUCUGCUAAAUGACUAAAAUGUAAUAAAUAGAGGACUCUAUAUGGAUAUAACUCGUUUUAGUAUAAACGUUGCCAUUGAUGGCUGCCACCAUUUAAAAGUAGCCAACUUGUUGGGAGCGAUCAGCCAAUGAUCAGAGAGCAUUGUCUUCUUCAAAUUGGGUUGCCUAUGGUUUGUAAACCAAAGACUAAGGUCAUAUCCAGGAGCCAAGACCAAGAUUUAUACCAGGACAUUGGUCCCAAGACCCUGACCCAGACCCAGUGAGUUGAGACCAUGACAAAUUAAAGACCAAAUGUAUGUGGUUUCAAGACCAAGACCACUGAUCCAGAGUCCAUUGUCCCUUGCUUCAAUUGUAAGAAAGUAAAGUAGAGUAGAGUAGAGAGAGUAGAUAAGUGAGUAGGUACAGUAGAGUAGAGUAGGUAGAGUAGAGUAGAGUAGUAGAGUAGGGUACGAGUGUAGAGUAGGGUAGAGAGUAGGGUAAGUAGAGUAGGGUAUAGUAGAGUAGGGUAGAGUAGAGUAGGUAGGGUGGUCUGAGUAGGGUAGGGUUAGUAGGUAGAGUAGGGUAGGAGUGUUAGUAGUAGAGUAAGUCAGGGAGGUAAGUAGGGUAGGUAGAUAGGGAGUAGAGGCAGAGAGAGUAGGUAGGUAGUGUAGUGGUAGAGUAGGUAGAGCGGGUACAGUAGAGUGGGAAGAGUAGAGCAGAGUAGUAGUAGGAGUAGAGUAGGAGUAGGGUACGUAGAGUAGGGUAUAGUAGAGUAGGUACAGUAGAGUAGAGUAGAGUAGAGUAGAGUAGGGUAGGUAGAUAGGUAGAGUAGAGUAGAGUAGAGUAGGGGUAGAGGUAGGGUAGGAGUAGGUACAGUAGAGUAGGGUUAAGUAGAGUAGAGUAGAGUAGAGUAGAGUAGAGUAGGGUUUAGUAGUAGAGUAGAGUAGGGUUAGAGUAGGGUACAGUAGAGUAGUAGGGUACAGUAGAGUAGAGUAGAGGUAAAGUAGGUGAGUAGAGUAGAGUUAGAGCAGAGUAGGGUAGAGUAGGUAGAGUAGGUACAGUAGAGUAGAGUAGGGUAGGUCGAAGUAGAGAGUAGGGUACAGUUAGAGUAGGGUACAGUAGAGUAGAGUAGAGUAGAGUAAGUGUGAGAGUAGAGUAGAGCAGAGUAGAGUAGAGUAGAGUAGGGUACAGUAGAGUAGGGUACAGUAGAGUAGGGUACAGUAGAGUAGAGUAGAGCAGAGUAGAGUAGAGUAGAGUAGUGGUAGAUGUAGAGUAGAGUAGAGUAGAGUAGAGUAGAGUAGAGUAGAGUAGAGUAGAGUAGUAGGUAGAGUAGAGUAGGAGUAGAGUAGAGUAGUAGGUAGUAAGUAGAGUAGGUAAGUAGAGUAGAGUAGAGUUAGAGUAGUGUAAGGAUAGAGUAGAGUAGAGUAGAGUUAGAAGUAGAGUAAGUAGUAGGGAGUAGAGUAGAGUAGAGUAGAGUAGAGUAGUGUAGAGCAGAGUAGAGUAGAGCAGAGUAGAGUAGAGUAGAGUAGGGUACAGUAGAGUAGGGUACAGUAUAGCACAUUAUAGACGUCUAUGUUUUGGCCAAAUAGAUGUCAAUGUUUGGGCUCUUGGAGGGCUGGAGCCCCCCUGCUGGCUAUGCAUCUCAAUACUCUACACUUUUUCCUGAAGUGUGCACUUGUCCACUACCCACAUGGUGGUCCUCUGUAACUCAGGUGGUAGAGCACAGUGCAUGAUAGCCUCAAUGGCAAAGUUCCAAAGAUGAGAUCUCUAUAUAUCACUAUGGUGUCAAUUGUUUCGGUUGUGACCAUUUCGGUUUGGACAAUUUUGACUUACUUUGGACUUUACAAAAUUCCCCAUAGAUAAUGUUUGGCUGGCUAUCUUUCAUUUGGACAUAUGUACAUCCCAGCAAACAUAUAUUUUAGUCCCAAAACCGUACUUUACAUAUUUCUUGAUAUAUUACAUGUUCGGUGUGACGCUUCUUAAAAAUAUAUGAAGACUUAUCAACUUGCUCACUCAUUUUCUCCAAAAAAUGUUUGCAGACAGACUACUCCCCUUGUGGCCACAGUGGAGAGGAUUGUGGUCACAUCACCUGGUGAUAUUUGUAGGGGUUCUGGCUUAAGGCAUAGUCUUUUAAAUUGUGUGUUUCGGUAGUGACAUCAAAAAGUGGGCCAGCAUUUUUCAGAGAAAGAUGUUUAAAAAAAAACAAAAAAAAAACGACUAAUUAGAUCAGUAUCUUUCAAUGUAAUAAUAGAAUAACUCAAGAUGUUCUAUUGAAUAAAAAAAAAUACAAAAUACAAAAAUCACGAGUUGCUUUAUUUUCAAAUAUGAAGUUUAGGAGUCAAGAGUUUGGGACGUGCCACCUCUCAAUAGAAAUCGUUGUGUAAACAAUUACUGUACUAUAUUAAUUUAACAAUAUGUUUGUUCCUGUCUGGGAUUGAAUUAGAACAGAUGAUGACGUUUACAUUUUAGUCAUUUAGCAGACUCUCUUAUCCAGAGCGACUUACCGUUAGUGAAUAGAUAUUUUUUUAUACUGGCCCCCCCGUGGGAAUCGAACCCACAACCCUGGCGUUGCAAACACCAUGCUCUAUCAACUGAGCUACAUCCCUGCCGGCCAUUCCCUUCCCUACCCUGGGCCAAUUGUGCGCCGCCCAUGAGUCUCCCGGUCGCGGCCAGCUGCGACAGAGCCUGGAUUCGAACCAGGAUCUCUAGUGGCACAGUUAGCACUGCGAAGCAGUGCCUUAGACCACUGCGCCACUCAGGAGACGUAAAUAUUUGUCCUAAAUUUGGAGACCAAUUUUUUUUUUUUUAUAUAUAUAUAUAUUUUAGAGUGUGAUAGCAAUUUACACCACUUCUGUAGAAUCACCCAUAGAUAUGUUUUCCCUCCCUAUACCUCCGUCUCCAGGGAACAUUCAUUUCCACACCCCCCCAUCAGUAGGCUACUCGAUACAUAGCCUAGUUUUACCAUAUGCUUCUACUUUGCGUCGUUAAGGUGGACUGACCGAGUGUGUGUGUUGAUUUGUGUGUUGCAGUGAAAAGGCGGCGUGUAGGAUAUCAACGAUAUGUUCCCCUCGAGACUCUCAGAUCUACCAGUCUGUCUUUGUUAUAGGAGAGGAGCGGAGGACGUGCGUCACAGCAACAGAGGUAACGAUAAAGAAA